AUGCUGGCUCUCCGCGACCGAGCCAAAAGCGGUGGAUCGUAUCAUGCAACGGUUGCCCGGACUGCUGUCGAUACUGUGCAGCUCGAGGAGGAGGUCGGCCUCUACCCACCUGAGAUUGUGAAGAGGAUCCAGGAUACGUACAAGUUUGCUCCGAUGACUCCGGAUCUGCAUGUCGAGGAGCUGGUCUAUAUACUGAGUGACUCCUGGGCAAAGCACUCGGAUAUUCUGAACAGAGGUUACAUGGUUGAGUUUGAGACGGCUUGGGGCAAGAGCCAUAACAUUUUGUCACCAAUUACUCAGUACGAGAACGAAAGUCUAAGCCCGAGAUGGACUCACGGGCUUGUCCCAUACUGUAGCGGCGAGAAUGUCGCAUGGGUAUAG